AUGAGUAGCCUUCAACAUGCUACUCCGCAGGUCCCACCACAGCAGUCCUCUCUUUCAUUCACACAAGGUUUCCUACUCGGCCAACUUUCCGUCGUGAUCUUGAUCGGCUGCUUCAUCAAAUUCUUCAUCUUCGGCGACCCCCCUUCCCCCGAAACCACAGCCUCAGCACGCGCCCUCGCACGUCGAGAUCGCAGCCGCUCCGUCUCUCACACUUCCUCCUCGUCCAGCCCCCACAAGCUCAACAGCCAACGCUCCGCCUCCCACGUCCUACGGCCUCCGCCGAGACUGACGACCGCUACGAUUCUCUCGAAGACGUAUUACAAUGUCGAUUCCCACCAACAGGAGAGUCUGGAUUGGUUUAACGUCCUGAUUGCGCAGACGAUCGCGCAGUUCAGGAAUGAUGCGCAUGACGACGACGCGAUUUUGGAAUCUUUGACCGGGAUUCUGAAUGGGCAGCAGAAACCGGGCUUUUUGUCGGAUAUCAAAGUUACGGAGAUCAGUCUGGGGGAGGAGUUCCCGAUCCUGAGCAAUUGUCGGGUGCAUCCCGUGGAUGAUGGUGAUACGAAUGGGCCUGAGGGGCCGAGGUUGCAGGCGAGGAUGGAUGUGGAUUUGAGCGAUUUUAUUACGUUGGGGGUCGAGACGAAGAUUAUACUCAACUAUCCUAAGCCGCUCACCGCCGUCUUGCCCGUUGCGCUGGCCGUUUCGGUCGUCCGCUUCUCAGGCACACUGUCAAUAUCCUUCCUGCCCUCGCAUUCUACGCCCGCCAGCACUCCGUCCGGCGCACCGCACCAGCCACCUUCGAUCACACCUACGACCCUCGCUUUCUCGUUCCUCCCAGACUACCGCCUCGAUCUAAGCGUGCGCUCUCUAGUCGGCUCACGAUCCCGCCUACAGGACAUCCCCAAAAUCGCACAACUAGUCGAGAGCAGACUGCACGCCUGGAUCGACGAGCGCUGCGUUGAGCCAAGGGUGCAGCAAGUCGUCCUGCCAAGUCUAUGGCCGAGAAAAAGGAACACGCGGGGUCCUGGAUCCGCGGACGAUGAGGAAGCCGUGCCGAAGGAAGUCAUGAGGGACGUGAGGGAGGAGGCUAGGAAAGAGGUAGAAGAGGAGAGAAGGAGAGACGGGGAGAGAAGAGAAAGGGAGGAAGGGAGCGGUGGAGCGGUCGAUGCUAGUGGGUUUGAAGAGGGACUGCGGUGGAGGAAUAGGACAUAUGAGAAUAUGCCAGGGAGCAUGCCUGGCAUGAUGGUGAAUUGA